GACGGCCAGGCGGCUAGCGGAGAGGUUGUAGAGCCUUCGUGCGCUGUCUCCAAGACAACCGGAAGUCGACGACAUCACGUCACAUCAUGACAUAGAGCCAGCGAAGGCGGAGCUUAUCCCCGAUCACUCGGCGAACGAGUUGAGGAGAAAAUGCGUUGCUAGGGAGGAGGGUAACUUGUAAUCGUCCGUAGCUCUCUUAAUAUUAGACGCUUCACUUAAAUUGUGACGCGAAUGUUUUACUGUAGCUGUACCCUACGCGUCUACGAAAUUUGUCCGAACCGUUUCAGGGACCCUUUAAGAGGACGCACGAGGAAACAGCCGGCGAAGGACCGGACGCCGACGAAACGUUUGGGAGUGGUGAACCACCGCCGAAGUCACAAAUUAGGCUGCUUGGACGGCGCAGCUCGCUUCGGCCCAAGCCGAACGUGCUGUCAGGCCGCAAAUCGACUACGGAUCCACCACCCUAAGAUGGCUCUACCAGCCAGGCAGGGUCGUCGAAAGACUACAGAGGAAGGCACUCUCGGGCCACGGUCGCGAGCAUAGCAAUGGCCGGCAUUCCUUGCUUUGGACUGCUGCUUUUGCUGAUGCCCGUGACGCGAUGUGCCAAGCGACAACCUCACAUCGUGUUCAUUUUAGCAGACGACCUGGGAUGGGACGACGUCAGUUUUCAUGGGUCCUCUCAGAUCCCCACUCCAAACCUGGAUGCUUUGGCUGCAGACGGCAUCAUACUCAAUAAUUACUACGCGCAGCCAUCCUGCACGCCUUCGAGAUCGGCUCUCCUCACCGGACUUUAUGCCAUACGAACAGGGAUGCAAGGGCUUGCGGUUGACGUAGCCGAUCCAUGGGGUUUACCUUUGGACGUGCGCCUAAUGCCCCAGUACCUCAGAGACAUCGGAUACGAAACCCACCUCGUUGGAAAGUGGGACGUCGGGUACUACAAGACAAGCCUCACUCCGACAUGCCGGGGCUUCGACAGUUUUUACGGCUACUACAACGGUGAAGAGAGCUACUACAGCCACAGCAUAACCUAUGAAAACCACACGGGUCUCGACUUCUGGCUCAACACGGAACCGCUGUUCUCCGAAAGUGGUUCAUAUUCAACGACAUUGUUCACGGAAAGAGCGCAGCACCUCAUCUGCAACAGGAAUAAAUCAAAGCCGUUCUUUCUCCUGCUGAGUCACCAGUCGCCGCACGGUGCCGGAGAGCCGGAACCGUUUCAGGCACCGCAGGAGAACGUGGAUAAGUUUCCUUACAUUGGAGAAAAGAACAGAACGAUCUACGCAGGUUGCCCGGACCAGGUCCGCUCCCUCGACCUCGAACGGGAACAGCUGCGUCGAUGUUCAGACCAGAGUCCUGGGUAG